AUGUCCGACCAGAAUGGGACACUCAAUGGCACCUCCAAACCGUCUGUGUUGAUAGUGGGGGGUCUCGGGUAUAUUGGUCGCUUUCUGGCAAAAUACAUUCAUUCGCAGAACCUAGCCUCCUCUGUUCGUCUCGUCGAUAAAGUCCUCCCUCAGCUCGCCCAUCUUGCGCCAGAAUUCAGCGAUGCAUGCUCCCCGGACAAGUUCAUACAGGCCGAUGCGUCUCGCGAGACGUCGAUGGCCCGUGUUUUUGAGCAUCCGGACGGACCCGAUCGAACCUGGGACUUCGUCUUCAACUGCGCCGGCGAGACGGCUUGGUCGCAGACUUCAGAAAUAUAUAAACUGCGCUCAUGGCAGCUGAGUGUGACACUGGCGAAGGAAGCAGCCCAACGUCGCGUCAAGUCCUUUGUCGAAGUCAGUACAGGCAUGGUUUACGCUCCGAACCGUACUCCACGCAAUGAGCAAGACAAGUUGAAGCCGUGGCUGAAAUUGGCCAAGGUGAAGCUAGAAGCCGAACAAGAGCUGUCGAGAAUACCAGGCCUGAAUCUGGUCAUCCUGCGCUUAGCGCAUGUCUACGGACAGUAUGACUCCAAAUUCAUUGCCAAAGGAUUAUGUCUGGCUCGUGUCUAUCAAGAACAGCAAAAGGAGAUGAAAUGGCUGUGGACUGAGGACCUGAGGAUCAACACAGUUUAUGUAGAAGACGUUGCGCGAGCCUUGUGGGCAGCGGCAGAGUGGAGGUCGGAGAAUUCAACCAUCUCAUCAUCUUCUUCGCCUACAGUCACCCGAAGACCGACAUUAACAAAAGGAGAGGACGCGCCAAGCGGCAACGUGCCCAUAUUUAACAUCGUCGACCAUGGCGAAACAAGCCAGGGAAAAUUGGCUGAAGUUAUUUCCAAAGUUUUCGAUAUCAAGACUGGGUUCCACGGGACCAUCAUAUCAUCUUUUGCAAAGAUGAAUCUCGAGCACGUCGUCGACGAUCUCAAUGAAGAUAUUCUUCAGCCGUGGGCCGAUAUGCUCGAGAAAAAGGGCAUCACGAAGCCCGGUCCUCUCAGUCCUUUUAUGGAAAAGGAGUUGCUCAAAGACACAGAUCUGAGUCUGGACGGCAGCUUAUUCGAACACGUCGUGGGCUUCAAGUACGAGCGGCCUGAUGGCCUGACAGAGGAGGGCGUGAGAGAGAUGAUUUCAAGUUAUGAGAGGAUGGAAUGGUGGCCCUGA